AUGCCCGUCUUUCCCAGCUUACAGCAGGACAUUCUCCUUCCUCGCGACAUCACCAUCUGGGAGUGGCUCUUCGAAAGUCCUACAUACUCCCCCCUUCUCCGCUUUCCCCCGGAGCAGCAAUGCGGUUUCACCGACGCCAUCACGAAAGAGAGGCUGAGCUGGCAGGAUGUGAAGGACGCGGCCACAGACUUGUCGACGGCAUUGGUGAAGCGGUACGGCUUGCAAGAGGGCGAGACAGUAUCGCUCUUCUCGGCAAACACCAUCUGGUACCCGGUUGCCAUGCACGCGACUCUUCGCGUGGGUGGCAGAGUGAGUGGAGCCAGUCCGGGAUACAAUGAGGAGGAAAUGACAUAUGCUCUGCAAAAAGCCAACGCCAAGUUCUUGAUGACCCACAAAGAUAGUAUGGAAGUGGCUAUCAAGAGUGCGAAAACUGCAGGAGUGCCCAUGGAGAAUAUUAUCUUGCUGGAGGGCGAGCUCGAUGGCUUCAAGAACAUCAAGACGUUAAUCCAAGAAGGCAGAGAGCUGGGAAACCCCGUGCCGUACUCGAGGAUUCCUGCGGGAAAGACGAAUUUCGAUGUUUGCGGAUUCCUGUCCUUCUCGUCGGGAACCACAGGCCUGCCGAAAAGUGUCAUGAUUGCACACCAGAAUGUCAUCGCCCAGUGUCUCCAAGUCAUGGCCAUUACACCGAGUGACCAUAAGCGUGUGUUGGCCGUGCUGCCUUCUUUCCAUAUCACGGGGCUUGUUCAUGUAUUACAUUUACCGCUGCUCAUCAACGCAGAGGUGUACUUCCUACCUGCAUUCACCAUGAAAGCCAUGCUGGACACCGUGACCGAGUACCAAAUUCCCGAGCUGUUAUUGGUGCCUCCGAUUCUGAUCAGAAUGGUUCGCGACCCUAUCGUCAAAAAGUACGACCUGAGCUGUAUCCAACGCUUCUCUUCCGGUGCAGCACCUCUCAGCGAAGAGAUACUCGUCUUAUUGAAGAAACAAUUCCCCCACGCAGGUUUCAAGCAAGGCUACGGCAUGACCGAAAGCUGUUCCUGCAUCACCGCCCACCCUCCUCAAUACUACGAUUUCCAAUACGCCCACACAGUCGGCACCAUCUGCGCGAGCACCACGGUGAAAAUUCUCAAAGAAGACGGCACCGAAUGCGAUAUCAACGAGCCCGGAGAAAUCUGUGCCAAAGGCCCUCAAAUCGUCAUGGGCUACCUGAACAACGAACAAGCCACCAAAGAAACUUUUGACGACCAAGGCUACCUCCACACGGGAGACCAGGGCCAAAUCGACGCCCAUGGCCUCCUCACCAUCGUCGACCGCAUCAAAGAACUCAUCAAAGUCAAAGGCAUUGGCGUCGCCCCUGCCGAGCUCGAGGACCUCUUACUCGGCCACGCUGGCGUCGAAGACGUCGCUGUCUUGGGCAUUCCCGACGAUUAUGCCGGAGAAGUCCCCAAGGCGUAUAUCGUACCUCGCAGCAAUAGUAAUAAUCAUAACAAUAGUAAUAAUAAUACUCAAAAUCCCUCCUCCUUACAAGAGCUCGGAAGGGAAUUAUUGCAGUAUGUCAGAGAGAAUAAAGUCCGAUACAAGGCUAUCAAGGAAAUCGAAUUCGUGGAAAUUAUCCCCAAAUCGGCUUCGGGGAAGAUUUUGAGGAGGGUGUUGAGAGAUUUGGAGAAGAAGAAGAAGAAGGAAGGGAUAAGAGGGUCGGUGGUGGUGAGGGAGGAGAGGGCGAGGUUGGCGUGAUGUGUUGAUGGAAUGGCCAGUCUUGAGACCUUAUGUUGGGAUAUGAUGUGAUGUUGUGUAUGGAUGUAGGUACCUACCAGGUAAUGUAAGGUAAUGUAGCGCGCGGUAAAUGGAAUGUC